GCGGCGGGAGCUUCUGUCUGAGCGGACCUGGAAGGUGGCGGCAGCUCGUCUAGCCUUCUCCCGCUUGGGAUCCCCAGCGCACUGCAGCCGCUUGCUCGCCGGUCCCCGUCCCCGUCCUGGUCCCCGUCGCGCGACCGGAGCUCUGCCCCAGCUGCUGUCUUCACCAUGAUUCCCUGCAGAGCGGCGCUGACCUUUGCGCGAUGUCUGAUCCGGAGAAAAAUCGUCACACUGGACAGUCUAGAAGAUUCCAAACUCUGCCGCUGCUUAACCACCAUGGACCUCAUUGCCCUGGGGGUUGGAAGCACUCUUGGCGCUGGGGUUUAUGUCUUGGCUGGGGAAGUCGCCAAAGCAGAUUCUGGUCCCAGUAUUGUGGUAUCCUUCCUCAUCGCCGCCCUGGCCUCGGUGAUGGCAGGACUUUGCUACGCUGAAUUUGGGGCCCGAGUCCCCAAAACUGGAUCUGCUUAUCUAUACACAUACGUAACGGUUGGAGAACUGUGGGCCUUCAUCACCGGCUGGAAUCUCAUUCUGUCAUAUGUCAUAGGUACAUCCAGUGUCGCAAGAGCAUGGAGUGGCACCUUCGAUGAACUUCUAAACAAGCAAAUUGGUCAGUUUUUCAAGACGUAUUUCAAAAUGAAUUAUACUGGCCUGGCGGAGUACCCAGACUUUUUUGCUGUGUGCCUUAUACUACUUCUGGCAGGUCUGUUAUCCUUUGGAGUAAAAGAGUCUGCUUGGGUGAAUAAAUUCUUCACAGCUAUUAACAUCCUGGUCCUUCUCUUUGUCAUGGUGGCUGGGUUUGUGAAAGGAAACGUGGCCAACUGGAAGAUCAGUGAAGACUUCCUCAAAAACAUAUCAGCGGGUGCCAGAGAACCGCCUUCUGAAAAUGGCACGAGCCUCUAUGGGGCUGGUGGUUUUAUGCCCUAUGGCUUCACAGGAACUUUGGCUGGUGCUGCAACUUGCUUUUAUGCCUUUGUGGGAUUUGACUGCAUUGCAACCACUGGGGAAGAGGUCCGGAAUCCCCAAAAAGCUAUUCCCAUUGGAAUAGUGACUUCCUUACUGGUUUGCUUCAUGGCCUAUUUUGGGGUUUCUGCAGCUUUAACGCUUAUGAUGCCUUACUACCUCCUGGAUGAGAAAAGCCCACUUCCGGUAGCCUUUGAAUAUGUCGGAUGGGGUCCUGCCAAGUAUGUGGUUGCUGCAGGCUCCCUCUGCGCCUUGUCAACAAGUCUUCUUGGAUCCAUUUUCCCAAUGCCUCGUGUAAUCUAUGCUAUGGCGGAGGAUGGGUUGCUUUUCAAAUGUCUAGCUCAAAUCAAUUCCAAAACGAAGACACCAAUAAUUGCUACUUUGUCAUCGGGUGCAGUAGCAGCUGUGAUGGCAUUCCUGUUUGACUUGAAGGCUCUUGUGGACAUGAUGUCCAUCGGCACCCUCAUGGCCUACUCUCUGGUCGCAGCCUGUGUGCUCAUCCUCAGGUACCAACCUGGCUUGUGUUACGAGCAGCCCAAAUACACCCCUGAGAAGGAAACUCUGGAAUCAUGUACCAACGCAACCUCGAAAAGCGAGUCCCAGGUCACCAUGUUACAAGGACAAGGUUUCAGCCUCCGAGCCCUCUUCAACCCCUCUGCUCUGCCCACCCGACAGUCCGCUUCCCUCGUGAGCUUUCUGGUGGGAUUCCUGGCCUUUCUCAUCCUGGGCCUGAGUGUUUUGACCACGUACGGAGUCCAGGCCAUUGCCAGACUGGAAGCCUGGAGCCUGGCUCUUCUCGCCUUGUUUCUUGUUCUCUGCACGGCCGUCAUUCUGACUAUUUGGAGGCAGCCACAGAAUCAACAAAAAGUAGCCUUCAUGGUCCCGUUCUUACCCUUUCUGCCAGCCUCCAGCAUCCUGGUCAACAUUUACUUGAUGGUCCAGUUAAGUGCGGACACGUGGGUCAGAUUUAGCAUCUGGAUGGUGCUUGGCUUUCUGAUUUACUUCGCUUACGGCAUUAGACACAGCUUGGAGGGUCACCCCAGGGAUGAGGAAGAUGAUGAAGAUGUUUAUUCAGACAACAUCAGCGCAGCAACAGAAGAGAAAUCCGCCGUGCAGGCAAACGACCAUCACCAAAGGGGCCUCAGUUUACCUUUCAUAUUCCAUGAAAAGACAAGCGAAUGCUGAUGCCGGCCCACAGUCUCACCACAUCACUUCUAAGGAGUAAACUAUGCGGGACAUCACCAUCGUGCUGGGAUGUCAUGAGAUGGCUGCAGACAUGGCUCACCUAACUUACACUUCCUCCUCCAGACAGCCUCUCUUCAGAUGGUGAAUUAUUGUGUCUGGGGAACCUGCCUGAGCGCACUCCUCAGCAAUGAGUAUCCCCAAAGUAACGUGUCCGUGUGGCGUCCAUGUAUGUUUGGGAAUGUGAAUUUUAAAUGUUCUUGGCUUUUGUUACUGUGACGUUUUUCCAGCGUCGUGAUGGGUGGCAUAUACGGCACAUGCUAAUAGAGGGUGUAUUGCGGAACAGAAGUGUGUUCUGAUAUGUCCUGGGAGGUUAGGGAAGUAGUGGUGGCUUUCUUUAUUAGGUCUAUGACUGUCAACUUGGGCGUACUGAGAGUGCAGCCACCUGUCGUGAUGUUUAGCAGUGAUCAGGGUGAGCAGGAGAUAAGGAAUGAGCCUUUUCUAUACAUUACAGUGCCUUUAGAGUUAUUACACGUUGUCUUCUUCUACUUGCUAGGACUUUACUAAACUUUACAGGGGGAGCGUGCCUUUAUUCAGUAUGACAGGAUGGAGAGGUGAGUCUGUGACACCAGAUGGUCAGUCCUGGUUUUGAGAGCCUUGGUCCUUAAAUAGAAUGCUUCUGCCUGCUCUAAGUGGCAUGUUCCCCCAACCUCACCUCCAUCAAGGACUUGGGAGAGGUACUAGGACCUGCUCGGGACCCUUUAAGCGAGAAAAUAAAUGUGGUCCCAUCCCACGGCCAGAGGACCAGAGAGACUUAGAGAGGCUCAGACAGGCUUUCUGUUUUUAAAAAUGAGUGAGGGCAGUAUAAGCCCCUGUGUCCCAUGCUUGGUGGAAUGGUUCAGGCUAUUUUCUGUUACUUAAUACGCAAUCACAGCUCAGCUUCUGUUGCUACAUCGAUCGCUCUUUUGCUCUGAUAUUUUCUCUGACCUACAUGGAAAUAGAUGUGAUAGCAAAUUCUAUCUUUGCAAUGUAAAGAAGAAGAAGAAGAAGAAGGAGAAGGAGAAGGAGAAGAUAAAGGGAUGCAGGAACAUAUUGCUAGUCCAAUCUCACAGGGCAUUUGAGCCCAAUUUUUGGAUUUUAGACCUAAUAAACCUCUGCUGUUUCUUUUAGAAAUGUUUAGAGAUUCCUGCCCCCAUCCCAUCAUUUACCACUUUUUGCUUCAUUUGCUUUUAACUGGCCUCAUUAAACCUAUUAACACAGCUCUGAUAUUAUGCAAUAAAUCAUCAGUUACUUUCAGAACACAGUUUUAUAAAACUUUGAGUUAAAUAACCAAAUCGAAUUAAAAGCACAGUGAUCUUUGUAUAUGACUAAAUAAAUUUCAUAAGUAAGAUUCUCUGAUUGCUACAUUUUACUUUAUAGGGCUCUCUGAUAGUGGGUUAUAAAUCUCCAAUCAUUCUUAUUCCUUGUGAGUUAAUUUUGUAUAAAUAAUUAAAUGGUGUGUUAGAUAAAUCUAGAGGCCAGACAGGUAACACAGGGGCGGCACUCCCAGGCAACCAUGUGUUACCAAGAAUGCUAGUUGCCUUGUGUAAUCCAAAGACAAGGAGAUCAAUUGCUUUUUCAUAAUCCUUCUAAGAGAACAUUGAUUUUACUGAUGCCGUUUCCAAGCAGUCGUCAUCCUUCGUGUGGAAGUAGACGUUAAUUGUGGCUAAGUAUCAGCUAAGCAGACACAGGUUCUGGGCUCCUGGUUGUUAACGAUGCCUCUCUGACCCAGGGCUUAGCGCUGACAUUCCAAAGUUUCCAGGGUGCACGUGAGAAAAAUCCAAAGCCCAGAUACUCUUUCCACUGCUUGCUUUUACCACAGAAGAAAUGUAGAAGAAUCAAAGGCUAAAGUAGUAUGAGAAGCACUGUAGCAUGGACAGGGAUUCUUGCUACCAUUAGUAGCUGCCCAGGGAGGGAGAAGCAGGGAUGAGCCCGCUUGUCAGUUAAGUAGUCCCAAGUGGUCAGCAUUACACACUUGUCCAUACUAAGUGGACUCAGCAGGUUACAUACAUACACACACAUGUAUAUAUGUAACAAUAAUAAAGAAGAGGUCAUAUAUUUGAUAGGGAGUAGGGAAUAUUGGAGAGGGAAAGGGAUGAUAGAAAUUAUCAGAACUAUAUACUCACAUAAAAAAUUCUUAAAAAUUUUAAAUUAAAAAAAAAUACUGCUUUUACAGCAGUGCCCUUCACACAGAAAACGCGAACAAGGUCAUACACGAAUCUCUGAGUUUCUUACUGUAAUAAAAACAGAUAUGUCUGGACCGUGGUAGGCAACUAGAAGUAUUGUGCCCACUGAGGAUGUUCACACCAAAACACGUUGGAAACACGGAUGUCUGUGAAAGAUGCUUUGUCAGAGACCAUGCUCUUUCUGUGAAGACCCAAAUGGAUAAGCAAGUCUGUAUGUGUAUAGUGUUUAUAAACACAUUGACAUAUGUUUGUGUGCUGUAUGUUUGUGUGUUUGUGGGGGGCUUUUGGUUAUCAGCAUGUAAGUAAGUUGGGUUUAUGAUGAGCUUUGGAUGUGAUAUUGUUACAUAAAUAAAAACCCAAUUGAUGUGGCGAGAGACUAAUGUUUUAUAUCGAUAGAUAUUUUAGAUUUUAAGCUAUUUUAAAAUUUACAAUUUUAUAUGUAUGUUUUCUAUAGAUAGAUUCUUUAAGACAUAUUUAUCAUGUUUCUAAUAUGAAAUCACUAAGCUCUAGUAUAUUAUGACGGGUGCUUUUGAAUCUGAAUGGAGUAGGGGUAGGAACCUUGGGAUGUUCUUGUUUAUUUGUUUCUGUGGCAUUGUUUCUGACACACCUGUGCCUGUGUGUGCUUGCCAGCAAACGCCAGUACUACCACCUCUUUGCCAACCCUCUGUCCCCCUGAACUUGAGUUCAUAACACUGUGAGCAGAGCGUCCUUUUCUGUUUUGUAGGAUCACCCAAAUAUUUUGUAUAGAUUUGACUAGCGAGCAAACGAUACAGAAAGUCAAAUGUGGACGCCUUCUUCUAUUCAUCACGGUGAGCAACAGUUUGUAGUACUUUACCUUUUUCUUACCCUGAGAACUGUGUUGUUGGCAUUUUCAGUGAGAUGGUCUCCUUGCAGCACCUUAACUUCAUACUCUUCACAAAAGAGAAUGCUCUGGGGAUUAGCACGUAAGAUCACACCAAUCAUUUAUUUAAAAGGGCGCUUAUGAAAACUCAGGUUUAGAAACUCCUGAGAAAAACUUAACUAGAAUCGAUGAGAUACACUAAAAUAUCUCAAUCUUGUUUCCUUAGUGAAACAAGUCAAGGAAACUAACCAAAAUAUUAUAUACAUAUGUAUCAACAUUAGUAUGUAAAAUUAACAUUGAAACUAUUGUUGGUUUGUUAACUUGAGUUAAACGUAACUAAUUUAAAAGGAACACCAGCAUCUGAAUAGUCUUCCUAAAGAAGAAAAGGUUAGAUAAUUUUAAUCUUUAUAAAGCUUUUCUUUUAACCAAAUUUUUCCCAUAUCCCGAAUGUUUUCUAAUAAAACACUGUGAUUCAGAAUUGUUGCUAGAUAAUUUUCUAAGUUUGUUUGACCGUCUAGUAGAGGUGAAGGAGAGUGCUUGCCCUACGGUGCUAAGGAGACAGAAGGAAUAACUGCACCUUACCUUCUCCCAUCAUAUAGUAUGGCAGAGUGUGGGCACACACACACAUGCCUGCGUACAUUCACACACAUUUGGUGGCUACGUAAAGAGAGAAAAUCAGAGUGUAUUCCCAAAUCGCCACCCAGAUGAUGACGUUGCACUAAAAUCCCAGCUCUUGCUUCUUUGCAGCACUACUUGGGAUUUCUCCAGAUACCCUUCAAGUGAUAGUCCCUAAGAUACAGUUUCCAUGGCACUUUAGACGAUGAUAGUCCCUAAGAUACAGUUUCCAUAGCACUUUAGAAGACAAUAGUCCCUAAGAUACAGUUUCCACAGCACUUUAGAAGAUUGGUUUCAAGCAUUGUGAAUGGAUGGUUCAUAUUCACAUAGUGUGUAGGGGUUGGUGGCAGGGGUGCCGUUAUCUGGUUUUUUGUUGCUGUUUUGUUUUGUUUUGUUUUGCUAGUUCCAAAACAGUGCCUUCUCUGUACAUGUUUUACUUUAUAUAUCAAGGAAAAGUACUGAAAUUCAUGUAGUAAAUAAUGCCAGCAAAGGUCAUCUUAGCUCUAGAUGUGAAGAUAAGGUCGCUAGACUUCACUGUUUAGCUGAGGUGGGUUUUUUUCCUUAUAUACUUGUAUUUAAAGAAUUUAAAAUAGCUUUGUGGGUUUUGAGAGGUCUGAUACUACUGUUGUAUUACUGGUUUAGGUGUUGGCUUUUGUAGAAUUCAUGAUUGUUUAUAUUUACACAGUUUUUCUCUUAUUGGUUUCAAAUGUAUUCUGUUAUAGCAUAACCCUAUUUUAACACUAUGGCCAGGAGUUCUCUACUUGUCUGUCCUUACCCAAGUCCUGAAGCUGCUGCCACAAUCUCUGGACUCUAAGCAGCCUUUCUGACCCCUGAUGGCCCCAUAGAGAUUUCCAGCUAGGAGCCCCAUUUAAUGCCACGACCAGGCAGCCUGCUGUAUGGGGGUGUCUGUGCUUACAUUCUGGAGGUGUCUAAGAUAGUGAGGUAGAGUAAAGAACUUCUAAUGAAUUAUGGUCAUGUGGAAUCCUUAACUUCAGUUCUAGGUAUCUCAUCAGUCUGUUUAGGGGAAUAAGGACCAAGGAAUAUCUGUGACUCGUGGAGGGGUGUGGCUGUGUCUUGGAACUGGCAUGGUAGGGCCUGGCCUGCUGUAUUUCCUGCAUGGUCAAGAGCCUGUGUUGGUAAGGAGCUUUGUACUGCCAGCAGGGUGGCCUACUGUACCCACACCUCGCUGAUGAGCCCCACGUUUUUCAUGUCCACUAGCAGUGUCAAAUUGUUUUAUUGCUUUAUUUUGUGCCCCACGUUUUUCAUGUCCACUAGCAGUGUCAAAUUGUUUUAUUGCUUUAUUUUGUUAUCGUUAUAUUUAAUAGCAGUUGUGCAUGAAGGCCUAAAACAAUCCAGAACUUCUGUGUCUACAAAACCCGACAAGUACCCUAUUGUAAGUACUUGUGCAAAUGUAAAAACGUUUUGUUCAUGAAAUAGUUUUGAUUUUUAAUGAUAAUUGGUGUUCCUUUUUACAUAUAAAGUUGAACUCCUUUUUUUAGAAUUUGUAAUAAAAACUAUUGCUGCUUCAGCUGUUAUAAUGUUAUGCUUUAUAAUGUAACCAUGUGUUUUUAAAUAAACCUUAAUAUGACUUAUAA